UAAAUCAACACUUCCUGUAAGACUGUCACGAAAUUGAAAUAUAUGUCAGAUUGAUAUGAAUAUUUGACUUGCAUACUGUGAUGACUCACGUAAGCAACUACAAUGAUGCUGCUGAGGGUGGAAACAAAGACCAUAAUCAUUACCAAUCAACUCACGAUAACACAGUGUCAUUAACAUCAGAAUUAUUAGUGGAUUUCCAACCUUCUCAAACAGAAAAGGGGUCUUCCAUCACAAAUUCUAUAAACCACAUUCCAGACAAUCAAGAUCAUGACAAUAUUUCUGACCAUGGUAAUGGCUACUCCAGCUUCGGUCGAGAGAGUAAUUCAAACCAUGAAGAAAGAUUGGCCGUCCCAAUCCAGUUGUAUCGUUCAGACAGUGAUAGCCCAUUGUUGGACCAAUGGCACUGCCAUAACAAUGAUAACAACAAUAAUGACAAAACUGCAAGAAAUCAGUUGAUUGCUGUUUGUACCCUUUGUGUAAUGUUCAUGUGUGGAGAAGCUGUUGGAGGGGUAUUAUCCAACAGCCUUGCCUUGUUUACAGAUGUUCUUCAUCUGGCCAGUGAUCUGAUUAGUUUUCUUAUUAGUCUUCUAGCCAUGUAUCUAGCCAAGAAACCAGCUACCAAGACCAUGUCGUUUGGCUUCCAUAGAGCAGAAGUUAUAGGUGCUUUAUUCAGUGUGUUCAUUAUAUGGUUAGUGACUGGUGUGUUGUGCUAUAUGGCUGUGGAAAGAAUACAGCACAAUCACUAUAAAAAUGUCAAUCCUAAUGAAAUGCUAGUUACUGCAAGUGUUGGUGUAGCCUUUAAUAUUGUAAUGGGAAUUGUUCUUCAUUCUGAAGUAUGUUGUAAAAGUCAAGGGCAAUCAUUUGGUCACCAUGGACACAGUCAUCAACGUAACAGUCACCACAGUAGAACAGAACAUUCAUAUACACCACUGAUAGAUGACAGAUCUGAUCAUGAGCAGGAGAUUGAACUGGAAUCUCAAGUAGCAGAUAAACCAAAACAUGUUCACCAUAAAAAUAUAAAUGUCAGAGCUGCCUUUAUACAUGUGAUAGGUGACAUUAUACAGAGUGUGGGAGUUCUUAUAGCAUCAUUCAUUAUUAAAUUUACGGAAGACCCUAAGUACAAGUUAGCAGAUCCCAUUUGUACAUUUAUAUUUUCUGUGCUGGUGAUAUUUACAACAAUAACAGUGCUACGAGAUACAUUACGUGUCAUGAUGGAAGGAGUCCCAAGAGAUGUGUGCUAUAAAACUGUGAUAGAAGAUUUAAAGAGAGUGGAAGGUGUCAAAUCAGCUCAUACUCUAUUGAUAUGGUCCCUGACUAUAGACAAAAAUGUCAUGUCUGUCCAUCUGACAGUUGGUCCAAAUGAGGAACAUCAGAGUGUUUUAGAAAGAGCUAACCAGAUGCUACAGAAGAAAUAUGACUUCCGUCAGACGACAAUUCAAAUAGAGAAACAUGUUCUUAAUCUGAGCUGUUCACAGUGUGAUUUACCAGUGUAAGGUGGUAAGAGCUGUCUCCAGUGGGAUUUACCUGUCUAAGGCAAUUUUAACUGUUCCCAGUGUAACUAACCUGUGUCAGGCAGUAAGAGUUGUUCCCAGUUUUACUUUCCUGUGUAAGGCAAUUAGAACUGUUCUCAGUAUUAUAUAUAAUUUAGUAACCUGUGUGGUACAAUUUCAACUGUUCCCAAUGUGAGUUAUUUGUGUAUUUAAAAAUGCAAUUGGAGCUGUUCCUUGUGAAAGUUACUUGCAUUUGUGCAAUGCAGUUUAAGCUGUUCCCAUUGUGACUUUAGCUUGAGCUGUACCCAGUGAAAAUUACCUGUGUAAUGCAAUUUUAACUCUUAACAUUUCAACUUAUGAUGUAAUCUUGUAAUGGUACCAGUGGUGUAGCUAUUUGAAAAUAAAUAGUAAGCAGGGGAUCAGGAGAGCCGCAGAUCACCACAACCUCAGUGAUAAUUGUAAAAUUCUUAUCAUUAAAAAAAACCAAAAUGGCUCAAACUAUUUGUUAGAACAUUCUAACAAUACUACACAGCCGCCAGCCACAGGUUAUUUCAGGUUCUGUUAAGCAUUUUUUUGUCAAAAAAAAUGAUUAUUAACCUGAUUUAAAUAUUUUUUUCUUUUAUGAAUAAUAAAUGCUCACUUAGAGAUAAUAAAAAAAGAAAGAUCUGUUAUCUUUUCAAUUGGAUAAUUCCUGCUCAAGUAGAUAUUUUUACAUUAAAGGUCUAUUAACAAUUUGAGAGCUGGAAAUAUAUAUAACAUAAUAAUUAUAGGUUUAGUUAAAACAAUAUUUUAUUCAAAUAAAUUGAAUUGGAAUAUUGAGAAUUUUUCUCAUAGGAUAUAAAAUAUCAAGUCAGAUAAUAUACGCAUAUUUGUAUUUUGCUGUGUCAAAAAUUAUUCAUUUUUUGUCUCCCUUUAAUGAGAGAAUGGUGCAACCUUUUUAUGACAAUCUGCAUAUCCAUUUUAUAACACUUUUAUGUGAAUCACUUUAUUUUAUGUUUUUUAAAUAGGAUCAUGUGUUUGUAGAUAAUUUUAACUUCAUAUUUUCAAGAAUUAUUUUUAUCAAGGAUUUUUUCAUCUUAAAGUUGAAAGAUAAGGAAAUUUAUUUAUUUACUUUAAAUCUCCUUCCUUUCUUUAAAAUCAUGGAUCUGCCACAAUUAUUUGUGGACAUAAGGAAUCUAUUUGUACUUGUAUAUUUAUAUCUUUAUUUUAUUAACCAGCAAUUAUAUGACAAUUGUAAUUAGUUAGAAUUUAUAUUCUUGUAGAAGACAUGCAUAUUGCAUUGUCCUUAUGUUAUUACUCUUAGCAUUGCAUAUAUUUCUAUAAAGUAUUUAAACUAGACAAAUUGAUUGACUGUUUGUUAAUAUUUUUAAUUUUACUUGCUUUCAAUUUGUCAUAAAAAAUGAGUUUUGAAAUUAAAAAUACAAACAGUUUGUUUUACAUUCAGUAUUGAAAAUAAAACACAAGUUAGGAUGGUACCCAACACUUUCACUAAAAUUAAUUUGACUCGUUUAAUUUUCAUAAAAUUUUGUGUCAAAGUAAAUACUUUAACAAAAAAAAUAAAUAAAAAAAAUUAAAAAAAAUUGAACCAACCGUUUUGUCAGAAAAAUUACACUGGUUAUAUAGCAAUUUGACAAACACUAAUUUUGAUCAUUGAGAAGCUUAAUAUUCCUUUCACAACAACAUAAUUAAAACGUUUAGCUGAUUUUACAGAGUUAUCUCCCUGUAGUGUUAGGUACCACCUUAAACCUCAAAACAUUUAUACACUUGAGACCAUUGUCAAUCAUCCUGCAAACAUAUAUACAGAUUUUGCUAACUAUUGUGAUUUUUAUGAAAAAUAAAUUCUUUCCAUUGUAACCAAAAUUUGAGGGAUGGUAUCUAACAUGUUAGAAAUUUAGCUAAGAAAGUUUAGAUCUAGUGUGAGGUUGUGAAAUGAUAAACUGCCAGUACAUGUACUACCAAAAGGUUGUGUAAAAGAAUUAAGUAUUUUAUAUUGCUUUGAAAUUAAUUUUUUUAUGAAUUUAAAUCAUUUAAGCGACAUGAGGAAACCACUGAAAUUGUAUGACUAAAAAGAUACAUUGGCCAAAUGCCAAUUGGGCUUUUGUCAUGACGUAUAUUUGUAACAUGUCUGUUCUCCAUAAAUAUAAGGUAUGAAUGAUUAAUAGGAAUCUAUUUUAGUAUAGUGUCCUUAAAUUUAGUGAGCCAAAACUUAUUGUCUUUUUAAUGCAAAUUUGAUGCCUCAAAGCAAAUAUCUUGAUAUUAUAAUGUCAUAUAAAAAAACUUUCCCAAAAUUACCCUGAGUUGAUCACAUCACUUCAUUCAUUAAACAGAAGUUAGAAACAUGCCUUUAUGCAAAUGGCCACUUUUAUUAUUAAAAAGACAAGUUAGAGUUGGUUGCAGAUGAACACGGAUAAAUGUUUUAGAUUACAUUAUUUUUAUCCCCACUUUUGUACAAUGUAAUCAAAUGUUAAUUCCCUGCUGAUGAUAGUUGGGGGAAAUAUUGUCUAAUCAGUGUCUGUCCUACAUCAGGUUACAGAUUUGGUUUUAAGGUAGUUUACCAUUUACCUAUUUUGAAUUUUUAAAAUACACUUUUUUUGGCAAAAUUUUUAAGAAUUCUGUUCCUCAAUGCUCUUCAACUUCGUACUUUAUUUGGCCUUUUUUACAUUUUUGGAUUUCAGUGUCACUGAUGACUCACUCUUUUGUAGACGAAACACAUGUCUGGCGUAUAUACUUAAUUUAAUCCUGGUAUCUAUGAUGAGUUUAUUUACAUGGAUGUGAACAAUUUUUACCAUAUAUUUUAAAUAAAGGUUAUGUCUCAGAUUUCAUGGUUCACUGAACAUGGAAAUGUUAUAAAGUUCAAGUUAGAAAUGGUUUCAUAUGGACACAUUUUCUUGUUAACAGGGUAUUUCAUCUAUAUUGUUUUAAUAAAAAAAUGAGUAUAUUCUAAAAUUAUUUUCUGAAUCUUUCGAAAUUGACAUUUUUGCAAGGUGGCAAUUCAAGGAAGACUGAAAACUUGUUUUUAAUGAAAUAUGUAUAUUUUUGAUGGAUAAAUUUUAUUUAAUUUUAAAAUGUCUCAUAUUGAUUCAGUUGGUGCUAUCACAUUUAUUUUGUAUGUAGAGAUAUGAUGAAGAAAAGCAACAGUAAAAUGGUAACAUCACAGAAAUUUUUAUUCAUAACAUAUUACGGAAAUAUUAUAAUAUCAUAGUUAGUUAUAUGAGAUUGGUCUUCAGGAGCUGUCAUUUAGUUUCAAGAGGAAUGGGGUGUGUGAGAGUGUAUGGGUUUUUUGUCCUAGUCAGAAACAAUAUUUUUUAGGAAAAAACCCUAACUCCCCUGGAAGUUUAUGGUCAUUCCUUUAUAUUGUAUUAAAAAAUGUUUUUAUUUAAAAAAAAUAUUUGUUAUUAACAAUUAACAAUGAUUAACUGUAAUUCUUAUUUUAGAGAAACAUAUAUUAUGAUUUAAUGAUUUUUAUAUAUGUAUGCAUCCUUUAAAGAUCCUGAAUUAGUUAAUACUGCAUUUUACUUCAUUGAUUCCACUAUUCUAUUGAUCAUUGAAUAAUUAUCAUCUAAUUGAAUUUUCUAGAGAUAUAAUUGAAUUGACAAUGAGCUGUUAGUUUCCUGUCACAACUUUUUGUUAUGUAAUACUGAAUUUUAAUAAGUGUUUUAUGUAAAUUUGUAAUGUGAUUGGGAGUUAAGAGACAAGCAGAGACAGGAGUGAAUUUUAAGUAAUAUAGAGAUUGAUGAAUGCUCUUAUUGAGAAAGUUGAUAUAUGUAAUGUUGGUUACAGCUGGGUAGAAGAUAAAAAUAUGAUGUUCAAGAAUUCAUACAUUGAUUUAUGGAAACAUUUUCUUGCAAUUGGGUUCUUCUUUUAGGUUGGAAGGACCUUUUUCUAGAAGUGGUGAUAGGGUCUUUAUAUUUGUUGUAAUUUGGGAUUUACA